GAGGCGAGAGGGACGUCAUCUAUCCCUCGCCAUUUUCCGUCAAGCUCAACUCAAUCAAGUUAGCUUCUGUCAGUCGCUGUGUUUGUGUAUAGUGUCGUGAAAAAUUAUCUGUGUCGAUGAAUCUCAAUGGGAAAUCGUGCUGAUUACGACUCCAAACGAUGGGUCGAUUGUUGUGUUUGUGGCUUUGAUGCAUCUUUCGGUCAGUGAUAAUGGCCAAGUGAUUGGUAAAGUGGAGUGUUUUGUGUCGUAUGCUGGGCUCUCACGGGUACAGUGAGAUCCUUUCUCUGGAUAAAUCGUCCCCAAGACGACGUCAGAACACAGAACAGAAAGGUGACACACCAUGUCGUCGAAAAACGUACCAGGAGACAAGAUAAAUCUUCGGUUAAUUCUGGUGUCGGGCAAGACGAAGGAGUUCGUGUUCAGUCCCGUGGACUCAGCAGGCGAUAUCGCGAUACAUGUUUACGACAACUGGCCUGAAGCGGACUGGGCGACGGAAUGCGUAUCGCGCGCCGAAAUCCUGCGACUGAUAUACCAGGGCCGGUUUCUGCACAGCUCGGUCACCCUGGGCGCAUUGGGGCUGCCCCUGGGCCGCACUACGGUCAUGCAUUUGGUGCCCCGCGAACAUCUGCCGGAGCCCAACUCACACGAUCAACGGCAGAAAAGUAAAGGUGGCUCCAGUAGUUGUUGUUCAGCGUCGUGCUGCAUAUUGUAAUGGCUUCCUGUGUGAGGGAGACGCACUUACACGAGCGGCAGUGGGCGCGAGUGGGACAGCCGACAGCUUUGCCGGGAGACGGACUCCAAUGUGUUCAGUGUAGCCACGAUACCGAGUCGCCCACUACAACCCUUGUGAUGUUUUUAAAUGAACUAACUACAAAUAAUAAAGUUUGCGUAGCUCACUGAUAUCUUUUAUUGUCAAUUUUUGUAGUAUUAAACAAUGAUGCACAAUGUAAACGAGACUAUAAAAGAUGGCGCACAUCGAUAGCUUCGUUUGAAAACGUCGCAAGUGAGUCGUGGUCGCUCACGUUUGGACAACAUUACGGAUAGCUUUAUAAAACGAUACUGUAUAUCUCACCGCGUAAAUUAUAGCUCGUUUUAUAGAUAUCAUGCUGCCCAAAUACGUUAACGUUAGUAGAUAAUAUGGAAUAAGGUUCGUCGGUAUAAGUAAGCCUAUGAUUUGAAUAGUUCCUGGACGUAAUAGGUAUUUGGCUUCACAUCAAUAUUUUACUUUAUCCCGGCUAGCCACGUUAAUUUACAAAUGUUAGUAUUAUUAUUUAGGCCAUCAUUAUAUAAAUUUAUAUUACAUUAUGGAGAUAUUUAUCUAAAAAUGACAAAUUAUUUAGUGAAACAAACGAAGUGUGUAAAUUACCCUGUUUUGCAUUGUAAAUAGUAUAAUUGGAUUAGGAGACGUUUUUGAUUACUUUUUGUGAUAAGUUCUUGCAAUAUAUUUGGAUUUGUUUUUAAAUGUUUUAUUCUAAAUGAUGCUAUUUACUGCGCUAGAUGUAGCUUGUAUCGGAGCGUGGUGCCGGGUUCGGUGCUCGCGCCAUGCAUAAUGUUUACUCGGAGAAACAAUAUGUAUGUAUAGUACACGACACGGCGACUGGUACACUCGACAGUGGUAAAUUUUAGUAAUAAAGCACUAGAGUAAAUUUGGAAAAUUUAAAUAUUAUGUCUCGCUUAUGAAGUCUGUACAUCUCCAUUACGAUAGCAGCACGUGUUGGCACGGUCCUCAUGUCUUAGCGUUACCACAGUCUGAUUCCUUUUGUAAAUAUCGAUUAGUGCUUUUUAUAUUUUUAUUUUACAUCACAGAUCUAUCUUCUUACUUUAAUCUCUAUUUGGCCUCUUAUGUACCUAGUUAUAAAAUUAUUUCGUUAUGAAUUGGCUUAAGGAUUGAGUUGAUAUUCAAUAUUGUUCCAGCUUAGUCUUAAUUUUUGUUAUAAGCUUAAAAUAUCUUGGAGUUAUUUUAAACUUGUGUUCAUUUGGACUCUCCAUACCGUAAUAAAAUGCGAAGUGUUUUGUGAUAGUACAAAUAAAAUUAUUAACACGUUCAGACACAUUUGAAGGAAACUUAGUACUCAGUGAUAUCAUAGACUUGAACAGUAUUAAAGAGAAACAAAAAUACAUUGACAGCACUAAGUUGACAUGUUGCUACAUUUAUUCCGAUAACUGAACUGAUUGACGACUGAAUGGUUCUUGCCAAUCGAUGAACUUCGAGCUAACGUGUUGACCAAGUGUCCGGGAAUGAGUGCAGCAAUAUGAGUCGUUUCGAUAAAUAUUCAAUGCCAGUAUGAAUGAUUAUAUUUUGGUUGCUCUGUUUAGCUACUGUAUGUAUGUAUUUUGUUAUUAAGUUGUAUAAAAUACCUAGUUUAUAAAUAAAAUAAAUACAAUUUUAA